CCGUGGAGCGCGCGGGAACGAGACCAAUAUAAACUGUGGCGGGAGUUUAGUUUUCAAGUCCUUGUCCAGCGAAUCACUCUCGGCUGGGAAAUCAGUUCGUUUCUCCCUUUGGAACAUGGUGCGGACUAAAGCAGACAGCGUCCCAGGCACCUACAGAAAAGUGGUGGCUUCUCGAGCCCCCAGGAAGGUGCUUGGUUCCUCCACCUCUGCCACUAAUUCUGCGUCGAUUUCAUCGAGGAAAGCUGAAAACAAGUAUGCAGGAGGGAAUCCAGUUUGUGUGCGCCCAACUCCCAAGUGGCAAAAAGGAAUUGGAGAAUUCUUCAGGCUGUCUUCUAAAGAUUCUGCGAAAGAGAAUCGCAUUCCCGAAGAGGCAGGAAGCAGUGGUUUAGGAAAAGCAAAGAGAAAAGCAUGUCCUUUGCAACCUGAUCGCACAGAUGACGAAAAAGAAUAGAACUUUCUUAUUCGUCUUUGAAUAACAUCUCCUGUUUACUCUGGCAUUCUAGAAUGUAAAUUUGGAUAAAUGUGUUUGUUCCAAUUAGCUUUGUUGAAGAGGUAUUUAAUUUAAAAAAUUAGGCUUAAAUUUUGGUGUUCAAAAGUAGUUAUGAAACUUGAGAAUUUGUAAGAUUAAUUAUGGUUACUUAUUUUAGUAUUCCAUAUAAUGUAGUAUUUGGUUUCUUUUUUACCAAAUUAAGCUUCUUUUUCUUGCUAAAAUAAAAUCAUUACAUUGUGUUCUAAUUACAAAUUUUCUGUAUUUAAGAUUUGCUUAGUUCUUUUUACUGCUGCCAUUUUUAUUGGCAUUUGAUUAUUGGAAUGGUGCCAUAUUUUUAUUCCUUUUAUUUGCUUUAAAAAGCAGAGUUAGAUUUUUGCACAUUAAAAAAUUCAGUAUUAAUUAAA